CAAUAACUCGACCAAGUCCCAAUCGUCAUUGACUCGAACCUCUACGACAACAGACAUGGAUACUCUUCUACCGUAGCUGCGAUAUAGACGACUACUACUAUGAGCACACCAUUGCUCUUCGGUCGCGCCUGUGCGAAACACGCCUGGCAAAGGCAAUCUAACACGGCCCUUCCUUUCUUCCAAUCACAGGCCACUCGCUCCUUCACCUUUACUGCUAGAACGUACACUCGUCCACGCUUCUUCCAAAAUGCUCGCCACUUCUUCCGAAAUCCACCUUCGCCCGUCAAGGGUGGCACCGCCUGCCUCGCUGCUGCCGCUCUCUCUCCGGCCGCAUUCGUAUCAUUGAGUGAGAAUGAAGAGUCGGAGGAUGGCUUGACUGGCGAGCAACAAAUGCUCGAGGCUUCUAGGAAAGAGCUGGCUGAGCAAGUCCCUGGCUGGGUUGGAGGCUCAAAGUCUCUCCGCAUAGGCAUCUGGAAGUUCCUAGAUACUUGGAUCAUUGAGCCUAUCGCGACUGGCUUCCGCUUACUACAUCUCAUCUUCAUCUUCGUCCCUGUUAUCGUCACCGUACCCGUCAUCUGGCUUGGCUCGAGACAAGCCGAGAAAGACAACGAGAGGUCAGGAACUCUCUGGUGGUACGCCUUCUUGGUCAAUGGCAUGGAGAGGGCUGGUGCUGCCUUCAUCAAGCUCGGCCAAUGGGCUGCUUCCAGGACAGACAUUUUCCCUACUCAGAUGUGCGCCGUCAUGUCUGCUCUUCACUCCAAUGCUCCUGCCCACACGCUGCAUCACACUAAGAAGACGAUUGAGCGAUCCUUCGGCAUGGCCUUUGACGACAUCUUUGACGAAUUCGACGAGAAGCCAUUGGGUGUCGGCGCCAUUGCACAGGUCUACAAGGCAAGAUUGAAGCCUGAUAUCGCCGUCAGUGAAGAUCUUGAUCCUCAUAGCUCUGACACGUAUCGUGAAAAGAUCAAGAGAGGCGUCGACAUUACUCUCAAGAGUACGCCGCAAAGGACGCCUUCUCAAUAUGUUGCCAUCAAGGUCCUUCAUCCAAAGAUUGAGCGCAUUGUCCGCAGAGAUCUGAAGAUUAUGGGCUUCAUGGCUUCCUUGAUCAAUCUGAUCCCUACCAUGGAGUGGCUCUCUUUUCCCGACGAGGUUGAACAGUUCGGCGAGAUGAUGAGGUUACAACUGGAUCUUCGCAUCGAGGCUGCCAACUUGACCAUCUUCCGCAAGAACUUCCGCAACCGAACGACUGCCUGGUUCCCCUACCCUUACACACAAUACACUUCUCGCCAAGUGCUGGUUGAAGAGUUUGCUCAAGGUAUCCCACUAGAAGACUUUUUGCAAAAUGGUGGAGGCGUCUUCCAGAAGGAGAUUGCUGAUGAAGGUCUCGAUGCCUUCCUUCACAUGCUCUUGAUUGACAACUUCAUUCAUGCUGAUUUGCAUCCUGGAAACAUCAUGGUUCGCUUUUACAAGCCAGCUCAGAUUGACGUCAAGGGCAGCUUCUUUAGUCGACCAAAGCCCGAUCCAAAGAAAUCCACCGACGUAACAGAAGAAGUCCUGGAGCGCUUACGACCGCACAGAAAUUCAAAGGAAGACUGGGGCAAGACUUUGGACCAGAUUGACCAUGAAGGAUAUCGACCACAGCUAAUUUUCAUCGACACUGGUCUCGUCACCGAACUCAAUGGUCUCAACCGCCGCAACUUCCUCGACCUCUUCAAGUCGGUAGCCGAGUUUGAUGGUUACAAAGCAGGACAUUUGAUGGUUGAACGCUGUCGUCAACCAUCCGCUGUGAUUGACAAAGAAGUAUUCGCUCUCCGCAUGCAACACCUCGUCCUCGGGGUCAAGAGCCGCACUUUCGCCCUCGGCAACAUCAAGAUCGGCGACAUUCUAAACGAAGUCCUCAGUAUGGUCCGCGGCCACCACGUCCGCCUCGAAGGCGACUUUGUAAACGUCGUCCUCAGUAUCCUCCUCCUCGAAGGCAUUGGCCGCAGUCUAAACCCCGAAUUAGACUUGUUCUCAGGUGCUCUUCCCAUUCUAAGACAACUGGGCACUUCUGGCGGUGCUGGAAAUAUGCUAAAGGGAGGUGAUUUGUCCAUGAUUAAAGUGUGGGCUGGUCUUGAGGCGAGGAAGUUUAUGCAGGCUAGUGUGGAGAGUGUGGAGAGUUUGGUUGCUCAUGAUCAAUUGAGUCCUAAUAUCUAGAUGGAGGAUGGCAUUUGGUUGGAUUCAGCGGCAAGUAUGUCUGGUUUAAGUGACUGGACUUUUUGUAUCAUACGCAUCUUCAUUUCUGCAGCACGGCGUUCGCACGGACUUGCUACCUCAAACACAAGAGAUGUAUUUAGGUGUGCUGCUGUUGGUAAUAGGCUUUAUGAUGUCCAUGCUCUACUUGCCAGGGUGCUCCCCCUGGCCAUUUUGUACGAGCUGUAUAAUCAUUAUUCUCGGCUACGAUGAUGGUCUUGAUCCUCCUGAUACGUCCCGUAGAUACCUGUCAACUUUCUGACAUAUUUUCGAGG